CACAUUGUUCUUUCAGAAAGGGAGUUAGUUACUUUCACAGUAGCAACUGACGAAACUGAUGGCUUCAAGAGGUUCAUGAGAUCAGCAGACAGGUAUAACAUUCCAGUACAGGUUCUGGGAAUGCACCAGGAGUGGCUAGGGGGAGAUGUCCAGAAUGAUAUCGGUGGUGGACAGAAAGUUUUACUGUUUAAGGAGGCCCUGAAGAAGUACAAAGAUGACAAGGAUCUCAUUGUCAUGUUUUCUGACAGUUAUGAUGUGAUCAUCACUGCAGAUAAGAAAGAGAUCUUAAGAAAGUUUGAUGACUUCAAUGCCAGAGUUGUGUUUGGAGCUGAGGGUUUUUGCUGGCCUGACAGAACCCUUGCUGACCUGUACCCUGAAGUGCGGCUAGGUAAACCAUAUCUCAAUUCUGGAGGCUUCAUUGGGUAUGCUUCAGAUCUUUACCAGAUUGUCAGUCAUACGUCAAUCCAAAACCAGCAUGACGACCAGCUGUACUACACCAGGAUCUUCCUCAACCCUGAACUGAGAGAAAAGUUCAAAAUGAAACUUGACCAUACAUCAGAAAUCUUCCAGAACAUGAAUGGUGCAACAGCUGAUCUUACCCUCAAGUUUGAAGAUGACAAGACCAGGCUGAGGAACAGAGUGUACAACACAGAACCUUGUAUCAUCCAUGGGAAUGGACCACAGAAGUUGGCGCUAAACUCAAUUGGGAACUACGUUGCUGAUAGCUGGACCUUUGAUGAAUGCAACAGUUGUAAGGAAAAUACUUUCAGCUUAAAGACAUACAAGAGAGAUGACUACCCUGUUGUGGUGAUAGGACUGUUUAUCGAGCAGCCUACCCCGUUUGUUCCUGAAUUCUUGAACAAGAUCUACAACUUGGACUACCCAAAGAACAAGAUUCUACUCUUCAUUCACAACCAUGAGGAACACCAUGCAGCUGAAGUGGAGGAGUUUGUGAAAAGCUAUGGCGGGAGCUACAAGGCCGUGCGAGAAGUUCCCCCUGGUAUGAACAUGAACCAGUGGUAUGCCAGGAAACAGGGACUAUCUGAAUGCAUUGGUAUCAAGUGUGACUACUACCUAUCAGUGGACGCUGACGUACAGAUUACCAACCCCAAGACUCUGCAGAUCCUAAUCGAGCAGAACAGGUCUGUUAUUGCCCCCAUGGCGACCAAGUAUGGCAAGCUGUGGAGUAACUUCUGGGGUGCAAUUGGUGAUGACGGCUUUUAUGCAAGAUCGGACGACUACAUUGACAUUGUGCAGGGCACCAAAAAAGGUGUGUGGAAUGUGCCUUACAUAAACAACGUGUACCUGAUCCAUGGAAGUCUGCUUCAGCAGCCUAAGACUGUUCCAAGUUUUAUAGUGGGUCAGCUGGAUGCAGAUAUGGCCUUCUGUGCCAGUCUAAGAGAGAAGGGUAUCUUCAUGUAUGUAACCAACAUGGAUACUUUUGGUCGGAUUACGACAACAACCAGCUACAGCACAGAGCACCUGCAUCCAGAUAUGUGGCAGAUCUAUGACAACAGACCUGAUUGGGAAGAAAAGUAUAUUCACCCAGACUUCUACAAGAUGUUGGAUCCUAAAACAGAAGUGGAAAUGCCAUGUCCAGAUGUGUACUGGUUUCCAAUAGUUACAGAAACCUUCUGUAAUCAUCUUGUGGAGGAGAUGGAGAACUAUGGAGAGUGGUCUGGUGGGAAGAAUGAGGACCCACGACUGACGACAGGGUACGAAAAUGUUCCAACGGUGGACAUCCAUAUGAACCAGAUAGGAUACGAAAGCGAGUGGCUUUAUUUCCUGAGGGUAUAUGUAACUAGGCUGCAGGCAAAGGUCUUCCAAGGGUACCUGUCUAGGGCUCAGGCAAUUAUGAACUUUGUGGUCCGCUACCAUCCACAAGAGCAGCCCUUCCUGAGGCCGCACCAUGACUCCUCAACCUUCACUAUCAACAUCGCUCUCAACAAAGCUGGGGUGGACUAUGAGGGAGGAGGUUGUCGCUUUCUCCGGUACAACUGCUCAGUAACCAACACAAAAAUGGGCUGGCUGCUCAUGCACCCUGGUCGUCUCACCCACUAUCAUGAAGGUCUGCCAGUUACAAAUGGAACAAGAUACAUCAUGAUUUCCUUUGUGGACCCGUAAACCUUCACAGCAGGCGAGUAUUGUAGGAAUCAUAGAAAAAGUAUGCGAGUCAGACCAGUUUUAUGGUGGCUGAACUGCAUUUUCUGACAUAUCCAUCCCAUUGUUUGUAGCACUUGUAUUCUUUGUCAGGUUUGGUUUAGUACUAACUGUAAAAAGCAUAUGGAAUGCCUACCAGAUCUGCUGUACCCUGCAUAGCUGAUAUGAUUUUCACGUGAUCUCAUAUUUUAUCCUCUUAGUGUAAAUUUGGGGUGCAUGUCACUGCAACUGUCAGCUGCAUUAUAUUUUAUAUUUUUGUAAUGCUUUUCAUCUCCCAAAAACAUAUUUAUUACAGUCAACUUCAAAGUUUCCAGUUUUUAGACAUUAUUGUCCUAAUGGAACUAGGAUGUCAGCAUUAUUUGGACCUGUGUUAUGUGUUGAUAGAAUUUAUUUUAAAGUAGAGUCUUAGUUAUGAUUUCCAACACAAGAAAAAAACUGGACUGCACCACUUUUUAAAUGUCAAACAAUGAACAGUUCACUGCUUCUAUGCUGUCACUUCAUGUAGAUAUGGCAUGCAAUUCAAUUAUUGCAGAUAGCUACAAUGUAACAGAACUCAUGAUGAGAGUGUUUCUAACAAUUUAUUCAACAGUAUAUUGAAUUAAUCCACUGUCCAUGGAGUCACCAGGUGCUCAUCCUAUCUGCAUGAAGUAAGGUCAUGAAAGUAGCAAAUUGUUCAUACCUUGACAAACACAAAAACUGUAGCUGUAUAGUCUAACCAAAAUUCAUCUUUAAGAUUUGCAUUGACUCCAUUAUUUCUUGAGUCAUUACAAGAUUUUGUCCAAGGAGACAGUAAAUGUCAAUACAUAAACUCCUUUACUUGCUAUGUAGCAACAAUCAUGUACCUUUUACAAGUUAUGGAGAAUUCUUUUUAUAUACUGUAUGUCUACUUUUAUGUAGUUUGAAAAUCUAAAUGUGUUUAAGAUAUAUGUAUAAGUGACAGGAAUGGGACACUUACAUUUAUAGUCAUAUUAAGAACUUGUCACAUGUUGCAGCAUUGGAGAGAUUGCACAUUAUUUUAUAAAUAUGACCAUAUAUUUUUAGCCAAAGGUGAUAAACUUAUUCCCCAAACAUUGAGUUCUUCUGUGAGAUGUCAAAAAUGGGCAAUGAACAGAUACAUGUACACAUGUACCUGAGACCUAUUCCAAAGUUUUAACUCAUCUAGUUGUUUGAAGGAGCAGUGGGUACUUAAAUGCUUUCCUGAUGAAUAACAACAAUGAAACAAAAUCAAUGAUAACAUGUGUACAGUCUUUCUGGUCUUUUCAGAAUUUCAAAAUGUUGCACAUUACAUGUACAUGUACAUGUAGCUGUUGCCAUUUUGGCAAUUACCAUGUUUACCUAGAUUUGUUUUGUCUGAAGUAGAACAGAUUUGUCCUUUGAAAUUCAUGAUGGCCAGGAUGACAUUCAUAUGUUAAGAAAUGAAAUUGUGGUGCUAGUAAUAAUUACAAUAUGAAAUGACAUUAUCAUGUAUGUUUGAAAAUUCCUUUACCAUUGAUUAAUUCACAGUUUGGUAACAGCAAAUUCUGCAAGUUCAUUUUGCAGAAAGAGUACUGAUAGCUGCUGUUAGCUUACAUGUACCUGCAUAUUGUACAACCAGUGUGAGGUACAUUGGAGUAUAUAGGCUGCCUACUUGUAGUUUUUGGAAUUAAAAUUGCUGUUUACUACAA